UUUUUGAGGUUGGGAAGGUGACACGUCGCAAGCACAAGUUCUUCGAGUAUAUAAACGAGAGAGAGAGAUAAAGAUAGCAUUUUUGUCUCCUCGCCUGUAAAACCUGAAACUUUUUUCUUCUUCUUCUUCUUCUUCUACUUUUUCUUCUUCUUCUUCUUCUUCUUCUUCUUCUGCUCAAAAUUAUGUUCUCAAACCGGGUUGAAGUCCAAGGCCAACCGGGUCUGUUGAAAAUGAGUCGGGAUGAGAGGCCUCGUCAAGUGUGUAGGUCAAUAAUCAAGUCGAGGGAUGGCGCUAGCUGCGGAAAAGUGAUAUUCGAGGAUUCGUUCAUUGAAUUGGUUUACUCUCAAAGAUCUCAAUCCCGUUUGUGGGGCAUACAAUACACGUGGCACAACCGCAAAGAGGUACAACAACAAAAAAGAGAGGGAGAGGAAAAAAGUUGGACUCUGGCACUCUUCUCUAACCGUCUCUGGCUCUCUAACAUCAGAAAGAGACAAAUAGCUCGCAGAGAACCAUUCCGACGACACCGGAGGAGAAGAUCAGAUGACGCAGCCCGCGGGAUCAAUCGGUGGUUUGAAUCUUGAAUCGGAGCAAGGUUCGUGUCACGAGCAGAGCACAGCGCUUCACCAUGCCGUUAAGGAUCUCAAGUCGAAACUGGAAGACGACGACGUCGGAGUUGCUACUGUUCAGGAGAUUAAGCCCCGAAGCAAGGUCUUACGAGUACUGGAGAAAGUUCAUAUGGCUGAGACUCUGGACAAAAAGGAGCCACUGGUAAAAACUCAUCCGCAGAGGAAGAGGAAGAAGCAGUCAAAGAAAACAACUGGCCGGGGACCGUAUGAAAAGCCAGAUUGGGACAAAUCUCUCAUAGAUUUCAGUCAAGAGAAAGUGCUAGAUGCUGUUCACUAUGAACCGGAGCAAACAACAGAUGGAUUCUCAGAAUUAUCACAAGCGGACAUGGUGAAUAUUGUGACAUCUUGUUUAAAAGAGCUAAAAGAACAGCUGCAAAUUCUUCAACUCGUUAUGGACGACGAUACAUCAAAGUUGAAGCAGUUUCUAUUUACAGUGUCUCCCACUGUCAAACGUGUUGAAACUAUCUUGGAGCUUGGAGGUAAGCUGCAGCAAAAGGCAUUCGAUUUCAUUGUGAAGGAUCUCAGUGAAUUGACCUCUGAAGCAAUAACAGUCCGAACGGUGAAGAUGCGGGGGGCUUCAAAAGAGAAGAAAUGAAGAAAGAUAAGAAGAUGAAGAAACGACAUGUUAGAGCAAAUAAGAAGCGCCAAAGAAUGGAGAAGAAGAAGAAGUUUGAACAAGUCUGCAGUUUGAAUGAGUUUUUAGGAGUCUAAUGAGUCAAUAAAGACCGAUUGUUAUGGUCAAUUAGUUGCAGUAGUGAGUCUGUUUUGUUUCAGUAUUUUUAGGCUUUUAGUUCGUCUUUCAGUUCGUUGUAAAGGCUAUAUAAAGCCAGUUUGCUUUCAUGAAUAAACCACGAAUUAUUCAGUA